AUGGCGGCCGACGGCUGCAGCGCUGGCGGUGCGGGCGGCGGCGGCGCCGUCGUCAUCUCGGCGGCCACGUUCGUCCGUCCGUCCGUCGGUCCGUCCGUCCCUCCAUUCGUUCGUUCAUUCGUUCAGUCGUUGCGAAAUAGUUCUGCUGCUAAGAGAAAAUCGACCGACGGACGACAUAUAAUGCAGCAGCAGAUGAAGAGUGCAGCUGGCUGGCUGCCUGCCUGGCUGGCUGUUAGACCAAUUCACUGUACUCAUUCUAACGAUGUGAAUAGUAGUACGCCAGCGGGAUAUAAACUGUUAAGACAUGAUUGA